CCCCUCCGCCAUGCACUUCCUGCCCACGGUGCCAGGAGCCAGGUCCUCGGGGAGUGAGGGGUGAGUCCUGUGUGUCACAGAAGGCUCCACGGCGUCGGUGACCAAGGCCUGCUCAGCGGUCGCUCCUCCUCGGCCAGCCUCGCUCUCAGGCCCCUCGUCCGAUGGAAUGCCCUCCCGCACGGCCUGGACGCUGCUGCUGGCCUUCACCACGCUCCCCCCAGCGCCCUGUGUUCUCCGGGUGUCCCAGCCCCCUGAGGUCCGCGCCCAGGAGGGUGCCGCUGUCCUCCUGCCCUGCUCCUUCAACGCCAGCUCAGGGACGGCCGCCAUCGGCUCUGUCACGUGGUACCGGGACACGGUGGCCCCGGGGAAGGAAGUGAGGAAUGGGACCCUGGAGUUCAGGGGCCGCCUGGCCCCCCUGGCCUCUUCCCGCUUCCUCCGGGACCACCAGGCGGAGCUGCGCAUCGGGGACGCCCGAGGCGGGGACGCCGGCCUGUACGUGUGCAGGGUGCAGGUGCUGGGCCUGGGUGCCGGGACCGGGACCGGGACUCUGCUGGUGGUGGAGACAGGACCGCGCGGGACAGGGGCCCUCACAGCCCUGCUCCUUCGGGCCGGAUUCUGUGCCUUCAGCUUCCUCUCCGUGGCCGUGGGCAGCACCAUCUAUUACCGCGGCCGGAGUGAGCCAGGGCGCGGGGAUCGUGGCCGAGGAGAAGGAGCAGCGAGCGAGCUGGAGGGCGCAGAGGAGGCCACGGCGAGAGGAGGGUCGCAGCUGCCUCACAGCCAGGCCACUGCCGCCUGGGACACUGCCGCCUCUUGAUGCCUCUGAGUGACCCCAGGCCCCAGUGACCCCAGCUCUUCAGGGGACCCCAAUAAAUCGGCCCACCACUAACUUCC